AUGCCAGCUGCAGUUAUCGGCACCGGCAAUCUCUCGAAACGUAUCACUGAGCAACUUCUUGUACGCGGAGCGUAUGUCAUUGUAUUCGCAUCUUCACGAGAAGACUCUUCCUCGACUCUGGAGGAGAUACCCAGAGGCUCCAUCAUCGUUCGCUUGGACUAUAGGGACAAGCGCAGUCUAAUUUCAGCAUUCACCACCUAUGGCGUGGAAAUAGUUGUCAGCUGUCUUCAUGGUGGCGCUCUUGACCUUCAACCCGGGAUCGGGGAUGCUGCGAAGCAGGCCGGCGUGAAGCUUUUUAUUCCUAACGACUUUGGCUUUCCGCUCCCAGGGUAUACUCAGAGCACAUCUGUGGUCCGAGAAGGUUAUGCUCAACAUAUGACUAGAAUCGGCCUUCCAACCACAAGAGUAUUGGUUGGAAUGUGUGCUGAGGGAAUUCCCUGGCUUGUCGCUUCUUCUUCCGCGCCUGGAAAGGUUUCAAUUAUUGGUUCGGGAAACGUUCAGGCGUCCUUCACGUCAAUUAUUGACAUUGCAGGCUUCAUCGGGCAUGUGCUAACGUCGUAUUCCAUCCCGCAACUAGCGAAUCAGGUCUUCCGAUUGGAGGGACAAUCGGCGACGCUUCGUGAAAUCGCGGCGAUGUAUGGGAAAGAAGCAAUACAGGUCGACUCGCUGGACGAUCCGUAUGCGACAUAUAUGCAGAAGCAGAUAGAUCUUGGGCUCGGUCGAUACGGACAUGAAGCACGAAGCUCAAGGAUGUCAUCAGAAGAAGCUGACUUGAUAAUAGCUUCGAAGGCAUGGUGGGCAGGGCAUGUAUGGAGGAACGUCAGAGGUGCCUUACCCGGAUUCUGACAGGACUCAGGACAACAAAACAAUGAUGACGAUUAUUUAUUGCACACCUAAUCAUUCCUGUAAACGAUGCAAUGUUUAUUUAGCGGCCAUUAUCUUUAGGACGCGUAGAGGACA